AUGCUAUGUGUGAGCGGUGAACGAAUAGAAGUUGGCAGCGGUGGUCAGACGUUAAAACGUUCAUUUGCCAGAAAAUACUGUAUCCCUUCCGAUAUCCAUUUGGACUCAAUCAGAAGCCAUCUCGAUCACAACGGAGUUCUCAUCAUCACCGGUUCACGACGUGGUUGGAAAGAGACGCAUAUCAGUGUACAUUCAGCAGGAGACUACGGCCGUAAUGACUCAAUUAUCAGUACCGUGUGA